AUGCCGUCCGCUUUCAAGAUCCUCUUCAUUCGCCACGGCGAGACAGACGACAAUGUGAAUCACCCGAACCCUCCAGGCUGGCGCGACACCUCCCUCACGCCCAGGGGCCACGAUCAAGCCGCUACACUGACCGCUCUCCUCCUCAACAAAUACCCUCUCUCCCGCAUCUCCACGAUCUACCACUCCCCCCUCCUACGCAUCCGCCAGACCAUCGCCCCUCUACUCAACCACAUCUCUGGCUCCACCGCCGAUCAGCAAGCAAUCAGCAUCAUCUCGGACGCCGACCUCCGCGGCCAAGGGCUGGGCGUGUUGGAAGGCGGGAGCUAUGACAGCAUCGACAUGUCCAACCCGCGCUCCGCGGACGGCCAGGAGGGAGUGGAGGACUUCGACGUCUUCGUGGAACGGCUGCGGACGUGUUUUGGUCGGAUUAUGGGACGGGAGAUCUCACGGCGGAAGUCGUCAGAUCGAGACGCCAACGAUCCAGGCAGAAGGGAUGUAGUGGUGAUAGCGACCCACGGCGUCGGCAUCACAAGUCUCUUCGCUAUGCUGGAAGGCUCCCUCACGCCGAAUACUCGUGGAUUAGAGUGGAGGAGAGUCGCCAGCCGUGGGCCAGAGGCGUAUAAAGUGCGCUGGACCGAUAGCGAUGACAUUGCGUGCUUGAGUGUCCAGGGGUUGGAUGACUUGCCUAUAGUGGAAGAUGACAAGGAGGCGGUGUUGGCGUGGGACAAGGUGAAAGGCGAGCCAUUUGUGAUUGAGGUGUGGGGAAAGAAGGAGAAGGCUAUUGAGUGA